UACGCAAAUUCCGUAUGACGUAGAGAGGAGGACCGACAGAAUCCUAGCUUGAAAAAGCUCGCAACUGUUUACAAAUAAGAGCAAUUAAUUCGUGAUUGUGCAUGUUUUAAUAAAGACAUUAAUAGUCGAGAUUUAACUACGCUUUGCCAUGUCUGUCAACUAUGCCGCUGGACUGUCUCCCUACGCGGAUAAAGGCAUCUGUGGACUUCCCGAGGUGUUCGAUGAACUGGACGAGUUGCGAGCUAAAGUGGAGACUGUGGCUCAGUUGAUCAGAGACUCGCAGUACAUGGUGGUGCACUCGGGCGCAGGAAUCAGCACCUCUGUAGGCAUACCUGACUUCAGAGGCCCGAAAGGCGUCUGGACGAUGGAGGAAAGGGGAGAGAGUCCUCAGUUUGACACUACCUUUGAAGACGCUAAGCCGAGUGUGACUCACAUGGCGCUGCUGCAGCUGCAGAGGGCCGGCUACCUCAAAUACCUCAUCAGCCAAAACGUGGACGGCCUUCACCUGCGCUCCGGUUUCCCCAGGGACCGAUUGUCCGAGCUCCACGGGAAUAUGUUCGUCGAGGAAUGUGAGAAGUGCGGCAAGCAGUAUGUGCGCGAAAAGGUAAUUGGGGUCAUGGGUCUGAAGCCCACAGGGCGCUACUGCGAAGGCACACGAUCCAGAGGACUCCGAGCCUGCAGAGGGAAGCUGAUCAGCACUAUUCUGGACUGGGAGGACUCACUUCCUGACCGGGAUCUGAACCGCGCAGAUGAGGCCAGCAGACGAGCUGACCUGGCUCUUACCUUGGGUACGUCUCUACAAAUUAAGCCCAGCGGUGAUCUGCCUGUUUUGACCAAACGUACCGGAGGCAAAGUGGUGAUAGUGAACCUACAGCCAACCAAACAUGACAAGCAUGCCCACCUGCUUAUCCAUGGUUACGUGGAUGAAGUCAUGGGUCAGCUGAUGACGCUCUUGGGCCUGGAAAUCCCAGAGUGGGCGGGGCCAACGCUGUGCGAGUUCUCAGGGGGCGAUGCGGACAUCCUGCCCUACGGCGCCUGGAAAAAGGAAGUCAAGAUCGAGCUGAAGAUAGAGGAAAAGAAAGAACCUGGGGUGAAGAGGAAAACACCAAAGAAGGACAAUGAUGGAGGAGUCAAAAAAGAGGAAGAUGAUGAGGGACUGAAGAAACCAUGUAAACAUGAGGUUGUGGGUGACAGUAAAUCAGAAGCAGUCAGUGAGCUCAACAGAGUCAGUGACAAAUCCGAGACUGAACUCUGCUCUUCUUCUGUGGGUGAAGCUAAAAAGCCACGGACUGAUGUUCCAUCCUCAUAGAACUUUUUUUUUUUUUUUUUUUUUUCUUUUUAAAAAGGAAUCUCAGUGCACAAACCAGCAAUACAAUCUCAGGCAGAUUCUCUACCACAUCACAAAUCUCCUAGACAGCCAGUGUGUCUUAAGCCGGCUUUUACACUGUACGAUUUUCAUCCCGGUUUUGCUGUCGCAGAAAAAAAUUGCACAUAAUUAUAGAAUUCUUUGGUCAUGAGUUAAGAUUUUUUCAGCCAAUCACUGGUGGGCGAUUUAGUGUCAUUGCCACAGAAGACAGCUGACUACAAAGUUAUGGCAAAGUUAAAAAAACUCAUUUAAAAGCCAUCAAUAGGAGGACGGCACAGGACAGCAAAACUCAUUGGACAGCUAAAAGUACAGUAGAAGCUUAAAAUACAGUAAAAUAUAAACGAAUGAACAGACAAAAUAUCCUUAUUACCUCAAGAUCAGGCUGAUUAAUGAUGUAAGCAGAGUGUAGUAAUUUUCUUUAGUCACAGGUCUAUCGUUAGAGGAUCUUGUUGUAUAAUCAGACAUGGAGAUCACAUGUUAUCACGCAGUGUGUUAUAGAUUUUAUUACGAUUGCCUUGUACAACGUGACAAGUAAUCUUAAACGUGACAAGUAAUCUUAAAAGACCGGCUUUACUCCUUUAGAAGACUAAGAUCUCGUCGUCAAGUGCAUAGUGAAAUAAGGUGCGAGUCGCUUGUACAGACUGAUAUGUCAUUGCUGAUUGCACUGUAGAGCAUCUAAAGUGCACCAGUAGCUGCUCACUGAUGUUGCAUGCAACUUUGUAUAAAGCGUGAAGUUUACUUUGGUGUAAAGAGUUAGGGAGUCUGGGUAAACUGUGUUCAAGUAACUAAAGCCCAAAUACUUGCAGCAUUAGGGCUGAUUUCUACUUCUGCAAAAAGUGUGCAAACAGACCUUUGUGUCAGUGGCUGUCAAGUCAAGUUUCAACGAUGGCGAGUGAGCGAAAAGGAAGAGUGCAUGUCUCAGUGCUCAGUGCUCGCAGGAGUGAAGUGCCGUCAUGUUCAGUAGUUUCUCAGAACGCUAGCGAAGAAUUUUGUGUGGGCAAAAACACCUUCAUGACACCUUGUGAUCAAUUGUAAUGAGUAUGCUCUUGGACACUAUGUGCACUCAGGUCAGCCAUCUUCGCGCUCUCAGUUCAAGAUACUGUUUAAACGCUGUAGCCUGAGCUUGUGCUAAAGAUGUGCACAGCUGUUUUAUUUAAUUUAAAUUUUAUUUAGUUUACAGGUUGCACAUUCUCCUGUCAUAUUAUGCUGGUUGCAAUGUGGUUCAUAUAACCAAAGCUACUUAAGACAAUAGGGCACUUUUUUUUUUCCUACCUGCAAUGAUACACAAAGCCCCGCCCCUCUCAAGGGCCUAUUGGUGCAUUCGACUUACCUCAGAAGUGGGAAGUCAGAGCUCGGAAUUACAUCAUUUUUUUUUUUAAACUUCUGUGCGUUCAAGCUACAAAGUAGGGAAAAACAUGGACACCUCCGUGUUCGUCUUUUGUUAUCAACAAGCUAACCGGGUAACUGUGAUGAGUGACGUAUAUUUAUCUCCUCAAAACAGCCAACUCUAUAGUCAAUGUGAUAGAUUUAACAAUUAAAUAUGUCUCUAUGUUGAUUGAUCUAAAAAGCAAAUAGAGUAUAUGUUUAUUUGAUGUCCCAACUUGGAGUUCCCAAGUAGGAAUUCGGAGUUGAAGGGUUUUUUUUUUGUUUAUCCUGGUCAGAGGUCAGGUGCAUCAUAUGUAUGUACAUCUUCUGAGAAGUAGAAAUCAGCCUUUGUGGGUGUUUCUACCACAGGAACCAAGGAAUGUUUCAGGAACUUAGGAACAUAAGGCAUUCCUACAAGAGGAACCAGGUCCGAUAAUAUUUCCUGCUCCAGGAGUUACAGGGAUUUACCUUAGUCUACAAAACAUCACUGAUUCGUCAAACAGAGUGACCAGCUAUCUUACCUGGAAUUAAAAAGAACUGUAUGCAGCUAAGAAGUGCUUGUUUUCUUUUUUUAUUGGUGAUGUGGCACAACUGGCAAAGCAGAAUGAUUUAACAACGCUUUAGUUUUUAUGCACAAAUGUGCAUACAUUCUUGUGUGCUUGCAUCUGGUUUAAAAAGCUCUAUUAAUGUUAACAUAUUCAUGCAACAAAGCAACAGCAAUAAUGAACAACAACCUUAGUCUCAACCUCCUCCAUAUUUGUUGUUUGAUGCAUGUGUUGUAUUUGUCACAUAGUUUGCACCACUUUUUUUAUUUUAGAUCACGGUCCUGGUUCCUUCAACGGGGUGAAAACGCAAAACUGGAAUUUUGUCAUUUUUGUGUAGGAAAGUUCCAGAACUGUUUAGUUCCUUAAGAGGUUCCUGACACAAAAUGUACCUAUUGAUGAUGAAAAACUUUGGAGGCCAGUUGUAAGGAUGCGUUUUGGGACUGAAUUAUUCCCAUAAUGUGACAUACAUGUUGGUCUAUAGGAGCUUUGCUUGCACACCAGACAAUAGCAAGACUGAAUCAAAGUAUCCAACUAGACACCUUUUGCUAUUUCCUUUCAGUGACAUUGUUUUCUAAAAAAAAAAAAAAAAACUUGU